AGGCCACCCAAAACGGUAAUGCGACAUGGAAAACGGUAACAAAGAUUACGGCGCGGAGAAGAGGUCGCCAUUGUGGCGCCAUCUGAUCGUCGGUCUGUCUGAGUAUUUCGGCACGACGUUGCUGGUAUUCCUGUCGUGCGUGGGAUGCACUUUCGGAAUACAGGGAAAUGUUUCGUCCAUGCAUGUCAGUUUCACGGCUGGUUUGGCGGUUGCGGUUGCCAUUCAGACUUUCGCUCACUUAUCGGGGGCGCUAGUCAACCCUUCGGUCACCAUUGCCGCGCUCGUAAUGGGACAAAUCACUUGGACUGAAGUGCCGACUUAUCUCAUAACUCAAGUGUUAGGCUCGUUGACUGGGUCAGGACUUCAUUUCGUCGUAACCAACGACGACCACCUGAACGAUGGAGUCUGCGUCAACUUGGUGAAUCCCUCGAUCACCGUAUGGCAGGCCCUAGCGAUGGAGACCAUCCUUAGCAUUAUACUAAACUUGGCCAUAUGCGCGUCCUGGGACGAAAGGAACUCCGAUAAGCUGGACUCUGUAUCGCUCAGGAUCGGACUGUUGGUGGUGGUGUUAAAUUUAGGGGCGGGCGCUUACACUGGGGCAAGUAUGAACCCGUCUAGGAGUUUUGGUCCAGCGGUAUUUAGUGGAAAUUACACCGACCACUGGAUCUACUGGGUGGGACCGACAUUGGGGGCCCUAUUCGCCGCCACAGUUUACCGAUUUAUAUUGUGGAGGAAAAUCACAUAUUAGAUGCGUUUUUGUAUACAUUUUAUAAAAAAAUACCUAGAAAGC